UUCACUUCUUUCAUCUUUUCGGUUAAUUUAUAAUGACAGGCAGUUUGUGAUCUCAGUCUUUGUAUGAGCGCUGUGAUUUGACUCGGACAUUACUAACGUUAUCUUUAAUACUAUAAACCAAGUCCACGCCAUUAGCAGCAAUAUUGUAAGGUGCAGUUCAACUAAAAUACGACAGGUAAAUACUACACUGACAAAAAUUACAUGUAAAAAGCUCAAUAAUGCCACCAAGAAGGAAGACAUCGCCAUCUGAAGAUGACACCAGCCGUCAAACAAAGUCUGCUGGUGGGGCACGAGAGAGACCAGUUUCAAAGACAAGAUUACAAUUACAGGAAGAAAAGAGAAACAAGUUGUAUCCAGAUUUGCCAGUGGAUGAUGAUGAAGAAGAAGAGGAAGAAGAAGGAGAUGAAGAUACUGAUGAAGUAGAUUUUCUUAAAAGACGUAGAAGUGGCAGCAACAGUUUUAACAGCAGUAGAAGAAGUGACAGCGAUGGUGCUGUUUUUGAAGGUGAAAGCCCACUGUCAGCUAGAUAUAGGGAAACCAGUAGGCACAGCUUUGAAGAAGAAAGUAUGGAAUUUGAACGUGUUACCUCCAGACACAUCCGCGGCCACAAUGUAAACGUAUCAGGAAGAAGUUCUAUACAUUCUCCAUCAUCACCAAGAAGUGCUCAGCUACCUUCCUCAGUUUGGUAUGAUGAGGUAGUGGCAAAUACAAAUGUCUGGGUAUUUUGUAUCAUUAUCUUGGGGGUCAUUAUGUGCUACAUGCUAUUGUUUUCAAAUGACUUGAAAGAAACACCUUCAUUUCAUUUGGAAGAAAUUGAUUAUGAAAAACUUGCAAAAGAUUUUGGAGAAAAAGUUAAUCUUUUACAACUAGAGGCACCACAGCAAAAUGCAAAGACAUGGAAGAUCUUAAAGGCUGCAACAAAAAGCAUCCUUCGCAAUCCGUCACCCGAGCAACCAGCGGUCCUGCUUAUGGCUUCCACACCAGAGGGCAGCCCAACAAUGGAGUGCCUCGCAAAGAAGUUAGGAAACAUAAUACACGAGACAUUAAAUCUCUCCCAACCCACAGCAAUUAAGACUGGAUCAUAUAGAAAUGAAAAGCCAGAUGUUGUAAAGGAGCAAAUUGAUCAGAUUCUACAUCAAGACUUUGAGAACGGGCACAGAGCAGCCAUAUUGGAUCAGAUGCAGAACAUUCCACCUAUUGCGGCCUUGAUGUUACAUGCAUACUGUGACAAUGUCAAUGCCCCAUAUAAGAAUGUUGUGAUCAUAUUGACUAUUACAUUGGAAACUGAUGCCCAGUCUGCUUCUGAGUUGCAGGAAAGUAGUGUGGAAACCUUUUUAACAAAAAUAUGGAGAAAAGGUUUAGAUGAUGACAAAAUUGGUGCCUUGCUUAGUAGGGUUGCCAACAAUAUUGUUAUUAUAAAAAAAGAUGAAUCAUUGUCAUGCUAAAAUAUUUAAUUAUUUGGCUGUGUAGAAUUAUACAGGAAUAUAAAAAAGGCUGACCAGCUGUUUCGUAUGUGUUGACUUUUUUGUAGGACUAAUUAAUACUCUGAGUACAUGUUAAGGCAUCAAAGGCUGUACAUUCUGGAGCGAUUGGUUCAUAUUUUUCAUUUAAGAAAAUAAAAGCUCCUUUUUUGUUUUGAACAUAUUAAUAUUUGCAUUUUGCAGCCCUACAGAACGCUGAGUUAAGUUGCAUGCAGUUUUACAUAUAUGUGUAAUUUUCAACAGUAUGAAGAUGAAAAAGUAUAUCGCCAUAAUAUAUCAUUAUGUAUUUCAAUGUGAUAUCGAUAAUGUCAACAUUCUGAAUAUGCCAGUCGAGUACAGGCAUUUUAUGCUUAACAAAGACGCUACAAAAUUAAUGUGCCCUUUUAUUUCAUAAAAUAGGUUCCUUGUUUGUCUCGCCGUUGCUUUUUCUUUUCAGAAUAAUGUA